UUCUACCAUCUACACCAGUUAAAACGAGUUGGUUAAGUGUUAGGGUGUUAACCGUUUUUAACUGCCUAAGAAAAAUUUUGUGCCAAUAUGGGAAUAUCUGGGCUUUUGCCAUUUUUGAAGAAAUCUUCAGUGAAUUGCAAUGUACGACAAUUUAAAGGAAAGACUGCGGCUAUUGAUGCCUAUUGUUGGCUACAUAAAGGGGCUUUUUGUUGUGCUGACAAACUUGUGAAAGGAGAAAAAACUGAUAUGUAUGUUACCUACUGUAUGAAGUUUAUAAAUAUGCUUAUCUCACAUGAUAUAAAACCAAUCCUAGUCUUCGAUGGACAACCUUUACCUUCCAAGUUGGGAACCGAGUUGAAAAGAAGAGAAAACCGUGAGAGGAACAAAAUUCAAGCUAGAGAAUAUCUCAGACAGGGAAACAAUUCAAAAGCCAGGGAAUGUUUUCAGAAGUGUGUUGAUGUAACAUCUGUUAUGGCUCUGGAAUUGAUCAAAGUCUGUAGAGCAAGAAAUAUUGAUUGUAUUGUUGCACCGUUUGAAGCUGAUGCUCAGUUAGCAUAUUUGGCAUUACAAGGGAUAGCACAUCUAAUCAUAACAGAAGACUCAGACCUUCUUGCCUUUGGUUGUCCAAGAGUAUUAUUCAAAAUGGACCAAAAUGGAUCUGGCGUUCUCAUUGAGAAAGACAAGCUCUUCUUAUCUCUUGGAGGUCGCGCCGAGUUCUUCAACGAUGAAAAAUUUCGAAGAAUGUGCAUUCUAUCUGGAUGUGAUUACUUACCGUCACUAAAAGGUAUUGGGUUAGGAAAAGCGUUCAAAUUUUUCAGUGGUAGUACCAACAGCGAUAUAAACUCGCUUCUUUGCCAAGUCCCAGGGUGUUUAAAAAUGCCCACUCUUGAAAUUACCCGGGAAUAUCGAGAAGAAUUCAUCAAAGCUGAGCAGACAUUUCUCUAUCAGCUAAUCUACGAUCCUCGACAGCGAAAGCUUAUUCCUCUUACUCCCUAUCCACCAAAUUUAGAUCCUACGAGUUUGCCGUUCGCCGGACAGUACAUCAAAGACGAUGUCGCUUUCCAACUUGCAAUAGGUAAUCUGGAUGCGGAAACUUUGGAGAGACUAGAUAGCUACGAUCCUGACACAAUGGUUGAGAAACGAAAUCAGUCUUUCUUUACGAAACACGUAAGCAUCUGGUCUAAGAACUUCGCCGUCGUUCAGCAAACUAGUUCCUCACCAGUUGAAGUAGAAAGUGCAAAUUCCUAUACGCUCACUGUGUGCAAACAAGUUACUGCCAAAGUAGAAUUUCGAAUGCCAAAAACUGCCGAGCAAGUGCCUAGUAUUAGUGACAAAGAACUAACGAAUCAGUAUGCCAAGGCAGAAUCACCAUCGUCUCCCGUUUUAGCUGCCCGUAAACGUAAACGUUCAGACGAAAACGUUUCUCCAUCUCAGAAUGAGAGCAGGGGGUCGAUUGAGUCAUCUCUUCGUUCAGAUGUGUCCCAAAACGAUAGCAGUAGAACACUCAAUGGGCUUCCGGCAAUACUGGAUCCGUUUGCAGAGCCUAUUAUGGCUAAGGCAGUUUCCGAGAACGCUGCUAUUACGCCUUCGAGAAAAAGCAAUCCGUUCGUCAAGUUAAAGACUCCAACCAACAGUAUCACAACACCCCCACAUACCUCACCUACUGCCUCUCAUUUUAGUGCACUCCAUACGUUUAGCCAAUUGAGAAAAAUCGAUGCCAAUGGCCAGGAGAUAGUUACCAGCGCAUACUUCCAAUCAGAGAAGGUCAAUGUCACGGACAAACUAAAAAGCCAUAUUCUUAGUAGCGCUAAUCACAUUGCAAUGCCGGUUGCCAUCACCGAAGCUGUUUGCCAGCCUUUCAAGCCCGUUGUUGGAAAGCAAAAUCCAAGUCCACCUAUAACGGAUUCGCUGCUCAUCAUUGAGGACAUGAAAAAGGAAUCUACCGUCACGAAGACCCCUCUUAGUGGAUUCCGAGUGUCGGGUCUUAGUCGGCGAGUUCCCAAGACUUCUUCAAAAACGGGCGUAACGGAUGGCAUGAAACAACUUGAUUUGCGAAGCAUGUUCGGUGCUAAGCCGUAGGUUGUUCGGUUUACCCAACAUUCCAAAUCUCAGGAUGGUUUUCUUUCGUUUUUCUUGAAUUUUUUAUCAAUUUUUUCUUGUACAUUUUAAUGCAACUUCAG